CCUACCCUGCUGGCCCCAGCCAAUCAAAACGCACGAUUGUGAGGUUAGGCCAAUCGGCGCGGAGGCAAGUUAGGUUGCAUGAACGCGGCAGGACGCGGGGGUUCCUGCCGUCCCGCCAUAGGCGGAGUGAGUCCGAGGGUCGGUAGCGCUGGAGCGGGCGGCCUGUGGGGAUGGCGCUGCAGUUUGGGGGGCCGAGCCCGGCGGGAGGCACGGAGGAGCCGGCUUUAAUCGGGGGCAGUUUUGGCGCGUCGGAUUCGUUCCCCAAGGACUUCGGCUACGGAGAAGAGGAGGAGGCGGAACUGGAGGCGGGCUCCGGCCCUGGUGGAAGCAGCGGCGUCCCGGGUGUGGCUGGGGGCGGCCCGGGCGGGGCGGAUUCCAAGCCUCGUAUUCUCCUCAUGGGACUGCGGCGCAGCGGGAAAUCGUCUAUCCAGAAGGUGGUGUUUCAUAAAAUGUCUCCCAAUGAGACCCUGUUUUUGGAGAGUACCAACAAGAUUUACAAAGAUGACAUAUCCAACAGUUCCUUUGUGAAUUUCCAGAUAUGGGACUUUCCUGGACAAAUGGACUUUUUUGACCCAACAUUUGAUUAUGAGAUGAUUUUCAGAGGCACAGGGGCACUGAUAUAUGUAAUUGAUGCACAGGAUGACUACAUGGAAGCUUUAACAAGACUCCACAUUACAGUUUCUAAAGCCUACAAAGUCAAUCCAGAAAUGAACUUUGAGGUUUUUAUUCAUAAAGUUGAUGGUCUGUCAGAUGACCAUAAAAUAGAAACUCAAAGGGAUAUUCAUCAGAGAGCCAAUGAUGAUCUUGCAGAUGCUGGGCUUGAAAAACUUCAUCUUAGCUUUUAUUUGACCAGUAUCUAUGAUCAUUCAAUAUUUGAAGCCUUCAGUAAGGUGGUACAAAAACUCAUUCCACAACUGCCAACCUUGGAAAACCUACUAAAUAUCUUUAUAUCAAAUUCAGGCAUUGAAAAAGCCUUUCUCUUUGAUGUAGUCAGCAAAAUCUACAUUGCGACAGACAGUUCCCCUGUGGACAUGCAGUCAUAUGAGCUGUGCUGUGACAUGAUCGAUGUAGUGAUUGAUGUGUCUUGUAUAUAUGGUUUAAAGGAAGAUGGCAGUGGAAGUGCUUAUGAUAAAGAGUCUAUGGCGAUUAUCAAACUCAAUAAUACAACUGUCCUAUAUUUAAAGGAAGUGACAAAGUUUCUGGCACUUGUCUGCAUUCUUAGAGAAGAAAGCUUUGAGCGCAAAGGUUUGAUAGACUACAACUUCCAUUGUUAUAAAGCUAUUCAUGAAGUCUUUGAAGUAGGUGUUGUCUCCCAUAGAACCUGCAAUCAAGCAACCACCCCAAACGUGAAAGCAGUGACUCACAAUGGCACACCUAGAAAUGCAGUCUAGGUGAAGAUUAAAAACUGGUUGGACCAACUUUUACCAGCUCUUCACUCCAAAGUUUAACUUUGUAGAACAGGAUAAGAGUACUGUCUUAGUCUGGGAGGGUGUGUGGGGGUGUGUGUGUGUUCCACAAGAGAAGAGCAACACUAACUUUGGAAGAGCAGCCUGUUAACUGAUGUUGGACUACUGAAACUACUGCAAAACCUUUUGAAGUUUGGUGGAGUUAGAGUUGUCAACUAAAAACCAGCUUUAGCCUGACCAUGGCGGCUUUUCCUGUUCCAAGUCCUAUUUUAAGAGCAUGGAUAUAAUAUAAAUGGGAGAAAUGUCCCUUUUGGUGGAGCUUACAAAUGCUUGAGUGUAAUGUGGAUUACUGCUGUGACUUGCUCAUCUUCAUUUUUUAGUUUUCUGUAAAAAUCCAGUUUUCUUUAAGUUGAACCUUUUGCCUUUCAAAGAAGUUGGUGGUGUGGUGUAGAAACAUCUUUAAAUUCAUGCUUUUUGCUUUGUAAAGGUCUGUGGCCCUAUAACUUCAGUAAAACCCAAACAUUCCAUAAAAUUCCUUUUGAUAUACUUACAUUGCUCUUAAGCUAUUUUCUGGGAUAUUCUGAUCUUGGUAAAUGGAGGUAAGGCCGAGGUUUGCCUGCUCUCAUAUGUUCCAGUCUAGUUAAGACUGAGCUGUAGCUUUGUUCUAGACAAGUUACCUUCCUAGCUUCAAAUAGCAUUUUUUUUCACUAUUUCUCACCAUAUUUGAAAAAA